AUGGCUUGUGCGGUAUCAAAUACAUGUUCAGUUCCGUUAUUAGCAGUUCGUGGGCCAGGUGCUGUUCAAUUAGUAACAAGUCCAGCUGAUAAAGCUGAUGUUAGCAAAAUUGAAAGUUUUGAUGUUGAAAAUUGUCGUUUAUCAUGUUUUAGUCGUACUGGCCAUCAAUUUGUUAUUUCUAAUAAAGAAAUUAUUCAAGUUUACUGUUGCAAUACACGUAAAAUUUUGUAUGAAUUAUCAAAACGAAGAAUUAGCGCUAUAGAAUACAGUCCACAAGAUACAUAUUUACUAUUGUUUGAACCAUUUACGACUGUAGCAGGUGAAGAUGAAAAACCAAAUUUAUCUAUUUAUAAAUCGAGCAAUGGCGAACUAGUAGGAUCUUAUGUUCAAAAAAAACAAAGUGAAUGGGCUCCGAUUUGGUCACAUGAUGAAGUUAUAUUCGGUCGUAUACAAACUAAUCAAGUAUGGUUUUAUGAAACACCAAAUUUUGAGCGUUAUGUUAAUCGAUUGAGUAUUGAAGGGUUACAAGUAUUUAGUAUGGGUAACAGUAAUCCACCAUAUACCAUAGCUGCAUUUAUCAAAGGUAAAAAGGGUAUACCAGAUUGUGUUCGACUACUUACUUAUCCUGAUUUAAAAUCAACCAUUGCAAGCAAAAGUUUUUUUAAUUUUGAUCAUGUUAAUAUGAAAUGGAAUUUCAAAGGAUCAGCCUUACUUGUACUUUGUAGUACAGAUAUGUCGGAGAAUAGUUACUAUGGUGAUACAAUGCUUCAACAUUUGAAUCGCAAUGGUGACAGUAGUAAUGUUCAAUUAAGUAAAUCAGGUCCUGUAUACAGCAUGGAAUGGUCACCUGUUGCCGAUGAAUUUUGUGUUGUUUAUGGAUUUAUGCCGUCGAAAGCGACAGUAUUCAAUUCUAAAUGUGACAUUGCCUGGGAACUUAGUUCCGGAGCAAAAAAUAUUGCAUAUUACAGUUUCGAUGGUAUACAUCUGGCUCUGUGUGGCUUUGGAAACGUUGCUGGGAAUAUGGAAAUUUGGAAUAUGAAAGAUCGUAAACGUAUAUCUCAAAUUGAUGCACUUGAUACAACACAUUUUCAAUGGUGUUAUGAUAAUUUUCAUUUUGUCACUGCUACGACAGCUCCACGUUUAAGAGUGAAAAAUGGUUUCAAGGUUUGGCGUAUGACGGGUGAACUUGUUUAUGAAUAUAAAACAAAUGAAAAUCAAGAACUGUGGCAAGUUUUAUGGCAACCGGGAAAUUAUGCUCGCGGUCAACGAGCACCACUCAAAUCCGACGAUGGUUCUGCACCAGGAAAACCGAAAGCAGCCGGUGCUUAUAGACCACCACAUCUUCGACAAACAACUCGGCAAGCAGCUAAAUUACAUGACGAGGCACCGGCGAAACCUGUGAUUCAUCAAGCACCGCGUGUGCCGAAACCUGGAGGUGUUGAAGAAUUAUUUACCGGAGAUCUUGAAAAAGAUAAAAAGAUCAAAAAUAUACAUAAAAAAUUACAACAAAUAAAAGGUCUUAAAGAACGAUUAGCCAACGGUGAUAAACUUGAGGUUGAUCAAAUGGAAAAAGUCAAACGUGAAAACGAAUUUAUAGAAGAAUUAGAAAAUUUAAGACUUUAA